UUUUGUUUAGAGACCUUAUCAUACAUUGAAAACAUAAAACUAUUCUAUAUUGUUUUUGAAAAUAAUGGGUAGCAAACAAAAAUGUCGUCUAGCUUAUUAGCAAUAACUGACAAAGCAUACCAUUCUGUGGUGAAUAAACAAGUAGACUUAAAUAUUGGAUUGUCAAAUGUUCAGAUUUCAAGAAAUAAAACAGUAAUAUCUCCUUCUGGUGCUAAGAAUACUACAACUAACUCACACAGCAAAAACAAAAUUAUGGAAAACAUAACCAAACAUAAUUUAAGUAGAGAUCUUGUUAAAGGCAAUGUUGUUGUUAUGGAUGCAGGUUAUGAAGAACCAGCUAUUGUAAAGCAGCAAAAAUCAAAGGCUUUAAUACAAGGACAACAGUUGCCAUAUUCAGAAGUAUCUGGAGAUUCAUCAUUUGAUGUUAACGAUGUUAUUGCAGAAAAGUACAAAGCAGGUGAGAGGCAAAGGAUUCUUGCUAAAAUAAAACCAAAAAAAAAAUCACCAAGUGCACAGGUUUUUUAUCCAAAGAUUGUGAAGCCUUCACAAUCUCAAAAUGUUUUUGCUGUGCCUACAAAAGCAGAAGAUGUUUCAGAAGCAGCUGUAUGUACUACUUUGACAGCAGCAUCUGAAGCAGUUGGUUUGGCUACACAAGCAGCGAUUGGGCCAUUUAUCCAGAUCCAAAAUGCGUUAGAAACUCAAAUCACAAGUUUGGUAUCCACUCUUCAAGCUGCACACACAACUGAGAAAGAUGUCCUGUCUAAACAGUCAAAAGUUGCUGCGUCGAAAGAAAAUGAAGUACUUUACAGACUUGAACACAUGGCAAAAGAAAUCAACGAUUUGAAAAAAUCAAGUACAUCUCAGUAUUCUACGACCAAAAGUGAAAUUAGGAGUUGCAACGACGACAAGAUAACUCACCAGCCGGCUUUACGAGACAAUAGGCUACGCUCUCCACCACGGGUGCUUAAAAACGCAGACAAAGAAGUAACACAGAAGUACAACAAGCCUGCUAAGAAAAUAUUACGGCACAUGAAACCAGUGACUGACGUUUCGUCUUCAAUCCCGCAAGCAGUUUUACUGCAAACGCCUGUUCCCAGGAGGAAAGCUCCUAAACCAUUUUCUCAUCGUCUUAGUGAAAGUGGAAAAGAACAUACAGAUCCACGGUUAAGUAGAAAAGGAGUUGCCCUGUUGCAAGAGAUAAUGAAAGAUGUUUCAACACCACCCAUGAUUGACGUUGCUGAAAACGUCGACGCGCCGCCCCCUCCCAGUUAUCCAACACCGGUUAUUGGCGGAAGAGAUUAUGAUAAUACGAAGAUUGGGGGUAAUUUGGAGAAUAAGAAAAUCGCUGGUAAUUUGGAUGAUUUGCAAAUGGAAGUUCAGAAUAUCAUGAAUGAAACAACAGAGCUUAAAGACAGUUUAAGAGAAGUAAACAAAGAAAUGCUAACUGUAUUAUGUGAAUCGAAUUUAAAACCUCCAUUAGAAGACAGAAAAACAAAAACGCAAGAAAAGUUAGAUGUGUUGGUGGACCAUUCCCUGUCAGAAGAAUGUCCAAUUGAUAAAUAUUUAAAUCGCCCUCAAAAGAUAAUAACAGAACAUCAUGGCAUUGCAAAGACUGAUACAAAAAAAGACAUUUUAAAAUUAGACACUACCAAAGAACAUGCUAUGAGAAUUUUACGUGAAGCACAGGAAGCAAGAGAAAGGUUGGAGAAGAACUUGUUUGAUGUUGCACGCAAACACAAAGAGCUCGACUUGUUUGGUUAUCUUGAAAAUUCAGUUAAUGACAGAGAUGAAAAUGUGUUGAGAAUAAGAAAAGAAGUUAGUGAAAAAAUACAAGAAAUUCAGAACAAUGUCCAGCUUUCUCUAAAGAAACCUUUGAAAGAAAAUUCUGAGGUUCAGAAUUCAAAGAAAACGACAAGAAUACCUUUGAUGCAAAGAUACAAAAGAGAAGUAGGGAAACCUCCAGAAAAAGUUGCAACAAAGCCAACAAAAUCUUACUCCAAGUUAAAAGCAGCCAAGCAAAAGAAGUUAAAGGAAACAUUAAAACCACCUCCUCCUACAUCCUCCACCGCAUAUGAUGAUCUGAUUAUGCAACACAUUUAUGGUCGCCAGCCUCAUCAGGCUCACCGUCAUACACUAAAAACAGACAACAAGCAGUUUUGCUUGCCUGACAAAAAGAAACUUCAAAACAAAUACGUACCACAAUUUUCUUCAACAGAUCACCACCAGCCCCAUCCAAAGAACCACACACAUGUUAAUCACAGCAAAGAUGGAAGACAUUUUUAUUUUUACCCACAAACAGGUUUUAACAACAAUAACAUUCACAUGACUGGUGAGCUGUACCCUACUGCUACACCUUUAGCUGAACCUUCGUAUGAUCCCUCGGGAAGGUUACCUUUGUAUGUGAACCCUGAGAAUACACAGAGGAAGCAAAAACCAGUUAAAGAGAAAACAUUGACAAAGACAGGACCUAAUGUUGCAGUGAUUAACAUGCGUUCUGAAGAUAUGAACGACUUAACUAUUAAAGAUCGUAUCAGAUCGAGGGUUCGAGAACGCUUAAAGAAUAAGAUGAAGUUGAAUGUGCAGUCACUACCUAAUGUUGACAUUGAUACAACUGAGCCAUCAUCAUUUUCAACAACAGAAUCAUCCAUCUCUGAAAAAGAGAAAUGGAAAAAGAAUAACACCAGUGCUAAACUAACUCAUCCCGAUGAAAAAAGUUAUGAAUUUCAAGAUUUUAUCGAAGUAAAAGAUUAUUCACAAUCAAAGGCAGCAUCAGAAGAUGAAGAAACCCUGCAAGGAGAAGACGAAUCAGUUCAAGAAGUACCGCUGGCGUUUUCAGGAGUGGCCGAAAGACAACCUGAAUAUCAUGGACCGGCAUUCCCACCUGCAAAGUACAGCAAAGAUGAAUAUCCAAACGAAAUAUCGACCGUAACACCGUUGGAACAAAAAGCUCAGGAAUGGCUUGAACAAGAGUUGUUAGCUCGCAUUGUGGGACAACUAGAUCAGCAAUCAGCAGAUCCAACGCUUCAAGAAUUUGCUGAUAAUGUUGAAGUAGUAGAUAUAAAUGGUGAUGAGGAUCAGUCUAGUUAUAAUUGGAUUGACAAUCUCAUUGGAUUGCAAGGUAUUCAACUUUUUAUCGACGCUGGUAUACCUGUAGACAAAGAUCUAAUUCGUGAUCUGGUACGUGGAGUCAUCAUAGAGAGGCUUAAUAUUUUAUUUGGAUAUCCACCGCCAUUGAGAGAAGAAGUGCCAAUUCAGGGUUCUGUUGCUGAUGAACAUGAGGCGUCAGUAAUUUCUACACCUCGUGUAACACCUAUACCAAGCCCUGUGGUGAGUGAAAAAGUUCAUGUCAAAACACCAGAAGAAACGAUUACAGAUUUAGAGGAGCAAAGUAUCGAUGAAACUGUAAAAUCUAAUCCUUUGGAAGAGAAAGAUAUUUCUUAUCCACUGGUUCAUACGCCUGCGUCUUCUUUAUCUGAAUCACACCGACCCCCAUCAGUUCAACAGAUAGCCACCCCAACACACACUGAAAAAGACAGCUCUCUUCAUGAUAUUCAUGUUAACACGCCCAACCAAUCAGAGAUCGAUCACGUGACAUAUGUGGAACAAGACGAUUUUAUCGCCACUGUUCCGUCCUUGUCAUCAGAAGACGAUAAAAGAUUCACUCCAAAAGAUUUAGAAGAAACACCUAAACCGCCUCGCGUAGUCAUUCCUCCUGAACGUUCUCCAUCAACACCCUCCACCACAUAUACUAUGACAUCCACAGCUGUUGGAUUGAGUACUUUUGAAGGAAUAUCGGCAGGCGAACACUUACAUCCUAGUCAGGUUAUAUCUGAAGAGAACGUCAGCGAAGGAGAGUUGGGUGUGUCAGCAUUUGGAAUGAAGUCUGUUGAGGAGAUCGAAAACGAAUUGUUUCCUUAUGAUCAUGACACACAGGGCACCCAAAUCAAACUAAUGAUGAAAGAAUUACUUCAAACGAAGAAACCAGGUCCUGUAGUGAGCAAAUCAUCCGUUGAGUCAACGCAUGUGCAAAAUGAACGUUCUGAAGGGGAAGUAGUGGAAACCGGGUAUAUAAGAUCUGCUGGAGAGGUUACCCACAAUUCUGUGCGCCAUGAAAUCAUAGAUGUAAACACAGACGAGGACACACUGGAAGAAAUCAGCAUUAAUGAAAACCUCCCGUAUCAACGAAACAAAAAUCACAUGCCUGAUCGACCACGUGAUCAAAAAAACCCAACUAAAGAAUUGUUUGCAGACAAAAGCGAGGGUGAGAUCAUCACCAGUCAGAGUGAAUACCAUGGAAGGCGAAACGAAAAUCAUAGAAGCUCAUCAUUUGGAACAAAUUCGAGAGAUGUGUUAUCCAUCGGAGAGCUUGCUGUUCAAAAACGAAUUCCUGGCCACCCAUCUCCUUUAGUUGAAGCGAUGAGUGAAAUGGAAGUAGCUCUUAGUCAGUCUGAACACGAAAGUGAUCAAGCCCCUAACAAUAUUAUUCCUCACUUAAUCACCGUGCGCUCACGCCCUAACGCAGAGGAAAAGGACGUUAUUGAAGAUUUCUUGAGUGAGGAUGAACAUUCCAGUGUAGAACCACAACGAAAUGACGAGUUCGGCCUAGAAAGAGAUGAAGACAAAGUGAAAAUGAUUUUAAGGCUACCUGGAAUUGAGGAUGAAGACAAUGUUGAAGAUGAGGAGGAGGAGCAGGACCUUAGUCAUUAUGAUUUGUCAACUUUAUCUGGUGGAGAGAUUUGACAACUAAAAGUGAAAUUAUACAACUUUUGAAGGUCGUUGUUAUUGUUCUUUUUUUCAAAAUUAGGAAAUGAAAUAA